AUGAAUAUAUUCAAUCGUUUUCUAUUCAAUUAUGCAAAGUUUACUCAAAUCAAUGAACGAUGUGUGCAUUAUUUAUCUCAAGCAAAUCCAAUUCGUCAACCAAAAGAUUUAGUGACAUGUAUUCUAAACAAUGUAAUUUAUCAUGAUGAUCAAAUCAUUCUUUUGAAUAAACCACCCGGUGUGAUUGUUCUGGAUGAAACGUGGGAUAGGAAAACAGUACAAGUAACUAAUGAGGAUCACGAUGACGACGAACAAGAUCAUUCGAAUGUGAGAAACUCGAAUCCUUGCACGAUUCAAUAUCAUAUGCCACAAUUUCGGUCGGCGCUCAAAUGGGAUCAUUUCUUUCCUUGUAUACGAACCCCGAAUGAACCGAGUGGCUUACUCAUGUACACUCAAAAUGCUCAAUUACACGAUAAUAUUAAAAAAACGGCCAUGCGUUUAUUUCGAAAAUCGAGAGAACCUUAUAUAACAUUUUACGGCAUAACGACAUCAAUUCCCAGGAAAUUAGAAGAUUGUCAUCACAUGAUGGUUGAACGACAUCUUUACAAAGAGCAAUAUUUAUCGUAUGAAGUUUUUGAAGCAAGUUCCAAUGCAAUUAAACAUGGCCGAGUAUACAAUGGAACUGUUCAACAUCGAACACUGUCAGUUAACGAUGAAUUGAAAGUCGCUCUGGUUGAAUUCAAAACAACGACAUGUACGUGGGAUUUCGUUGAACUCUACUGUUUACGUCAAUGCGCUCCUCUACUCGGCGACCAUAAAUAUUGGAAUCGAAUAAAAACUGUCGGUGGUGUUCCAAUGUAUAUUAAUCCAAUCAAACAUGAGAUUUAUCCAGCUAAACAACAAUUGAAUAAGCAUGUUCGGUUGGCACUUGAUCUUUACGGUCUGCAAAUCGUUUGUCCAUUACAUUUGCAUCUGACCGACUUCAAUCUACCGAAGAAAUAUCGACGUCAGCCAAUUAGCGUGCAUUACCAAGCACGACCGUUUCCUUACUUUUACGAAACUUUGGAAAGGUUGAAGUUAACAUUUCCAGAGGAUCUAGAUUUGAAUAAACCAUUCGAACAGCAUAUCGAUCAUGAAUUUGAAGAAGCAAUCAAUCGAUAA